UGUCCAAAGAAUAGUCAAUCAGUCAAGUUAAUUGUAACAAGCUAACAAAAUGAAAGCCACUUUCACCGUUGCCGCUGUGCUUUGCGCCUACCUGCUGGUCCACUCGGCCGUAGCAUUGCCCGUGUCCUCUUCUUCUUCUUCUUCGUCUCCUGCUGCUUCAUCUGAAUCAGGAUCAGGAUCAGGAGAAGUUGUUGCUCAAAAGCCACAGGACCACAAGAGGAAGCUGCCACCAAUUGUCAUUGAUGCUCACAUGAAGGCCGAGGCCCACGUUAAAGUACCUGAGGAAGUUGCCGAAGCUCUACUCAAAUUGCUCUUCAARUUGCAACAAGAAGAGAAGGAUAAGCUAGCAGGUASUAAACCUGAGAUGCCAUCAAAAGAUGAACAGCUUCAGAACGAUGAUCCAUCAAAGGUAGAGGAGCCAGCAUCAGCUGAACAGCCAGCUUCAGCUGAAGAACCAGCACCAGCUGAAGAGCCAGCUCAAAGCCAGGAACCAGCAGCAGAACAGCCAGCCCAAAGCCAAGAGCCAGCAGCUGAA